AUGCAUAACGACUCAGGGAAGGGCCAUGAUUUGAAGCGGACCGAGUCUUGUCAGGCUGGAGGAAUGCUCAGGGUCGACAACUCAGUGGCCCAAAGCACCGUUAUUCAGGCCGAGCAGCUUCAACGCCGACUAAAUAACAGACAAAUUCAACUCAUUGCGAUUGGUGGUUCCAUUGGUACGGGGCUGUUCAUCAGUAUCGGUAGUGGUCUGCACUCAGCAGGUCCCGCGGGUCUUCUCUUGGCGUUCAUCUUCUACUGCUUCUUUGUUGGUCUGGUGAACAAUGGCAUGGCCGAGAUGAUGACCCAGUAUCCCGUUGCUGGGGGUUUUAUUCGCAUCGCUGGUCACUUUGUGGACGAAGCCUUUGGCUUCGCCGCGGGAUGGAACUUCUUCAUUUACGAAGCCCUUGUCAUCCCUUUUGAGAUCAGUGCCUUGGCCGUUGUAGUGCAAUAUUGGAGCCAUGACAUUCCAAUUUGGACACUAUGCCUAGCAUGUGUCAUUCUUUACACACUCAUCAACGGCUUGGUCGUGAGCGCGUAUGGAGAAACCGAGUUCUGGCUGUCUAGUGGCAAGGUCAUCCUUGUCUUGGCUCUGUUCUUGUUCACAUUCAUCACUAUGGUCGGGGGAAACCCUCAGGGCGAUGCCUACGGUUUCCGCAAUUGGAAUCAUCCUGAAGCUUUCGCUGUAAGCUGCGGCACUUUCUUUACGAUGGAUGACUGGGUUGAAAGAGCAUUAGCUGACUAUGUCGUUCAGGAAGUACGAACUACCGGAUCUCUUGGUCGUUUUGAGGGGUUUCUCGCUGCCCUCUGGGUUGCUUCAUUUUGUAUUGUCGGCCCAGAGUAUAUCUCCCUUGUCAGCGCCGAGGCGAAGCAUCCCCGAAAGUACAUCAAAGCCGCGUACAAGACGAUCUACAUCCGAUUUUUCUUCUUAUUCUUAGGAAGCGCCAUUGCAGUCGGAAUCGUACUUCCAUCUGAUGACAAGACACUCACUGAGAUCCUGAUCGGCAGCGGAUCAGGCGGCGGUACAGCAGCAGCGUCGCCAUACGUGAUCGCUAUGCGUAACAUGGGGAUCACCGUCUUCCCACAUGUCGUCAACGCUCUGCUUGUUACAUCAAUCUUCUCCGCUGGCAACACAUACGUUUAUUGCGCCUCGCGAAGUCUGUACAGCCUGGCACUUGAAGGCCGAGCACCUGCGUUCCUUAAAAUCUGUACGAAGCAGGGUGUGCCGGUCUACGCUCUUGCCUUGACCAUGGCAUUCGCAUGCCUUUCAUUCCUUCAGCAAGGCAAGCAAGCAGCUCGAGUGCUCAGCAUUUUAGUUAAUUUGGUUACUGGUGGGGCUUUGGUUAACUAUCUGGUCAUGUCGAUUACCUAUGUGUUUUACCACCAAGCCACAAAGGUGCAAGGUAUAGACCGUAAGAAUCUGCCUUAUUAUGGAUGGGGACAACCUUACUGUGGGUACGCUGCUAGUGUGUUUUUCAGUGUUGUCAUUGGCACGUUUGGGUACACCUCGUUCAGCCCUUUUGACGUCGGGGCGUUCUUCGGUUGCUAUGCAAUGACCAUUCUUUCUAUCCUCUUCUACAUCUUCUGGAAAGUUUUCAAGAGAACCUCUAUCUAUGAUCCGAAGGCUGUCGAUUUGGUUUGGGAGACUCCGCAAGUGGAUGCUUAUGAAGCUGAAAUGAUGGAGGAAUCCCAGACUUUCUGGGGCGAGAUGGGGCGCAUGAUCUUGUUCCGGAACUUCAGAGGAAUUAAGAAGUAG